UGCAACACAGCAAAACUAAUUUCAGAUACUGUGAUCAAGCUCAAACAGAUAGCAGCAUGCUAAGACUCUGUGUAGCUCUCUGUGUGCUAGCAACAUGCUGGGCACAGGACUGUCUGGUGAGCAAUAUCACAGUCAAACAAGACUUUGACAGAAACAGGUAUCAAGGUACAUGGUAUGCUGUGGCCAAGAAAGACCCCGUUGGACUUUUCCUUCUUGAUAACAUUGUUGCCAAUUUCAAAGUGGAGGAGGAUGGAACAAUGACAGCCACUGCUAUUGGUAGAGUCAUCAUUCUGAACAACUGGGAGAUGUGCGCCAACAUGUUUGGCACUUUUGAAGAUACUGAGGAUCCCGCCAAGUUCAAGAUGAAGUACUGGGGAGCCGCUGCAUAUCUGCAGACUGGAUAUGACGACCACUGGAUCAUUGACACAGAUUACGAUAACUACGCCAUCCACUAUUCCUGCAGAGAACUCGAUUACGAUGGAACCUGCUUGGAUGGAUACUCCUUCAUCUUCUCCCGACAUGCCGAUGGCCUCAGGCCUGAAGACCAGAAGAACGUCACUGAGAGUAAACAACAUAUUUGCUUCCUGGGCAAAUACAGACGUGUUACACACACCGGUUUCUGUGAUGCUGCUUAAACCAUCGCUGCACCACUGGGGUUUUGAGGAUGUAUUUUUUCCAGUUUUAACUUACCUGCUGAUAUGUAAAUACAAAGCAUAACAUAACACAAGAGAAAUCAUAAUAAUUUUGCACACAGCAAAUGUGAAAUUGUGUCAAACGUUUUUUUAAAUGCACAAUAGAUGUACAGUGUAACCUAACUUUUCAUUUUCAAAUAAACAUCAUAAAUCAA